UUAAAAGCAGGCCUGCAAGACUGCAGACAUUCACAGGAACCUGGUCCAUCAAUGGCUCUGCUGAAAGUUCUGCUGCUUCUGUUGGGGCUGGGUGUUUCAAUGAACUCACAUGUUUCUCUGCACAAGAGAAUCAUUGGAGGUCAAAACUGUGAUGACAAGGAGCGUCUUUAUCAUGUUCGGUUGGAGAGAGACAAUGGUACUCAUACAGGCUUGUGUGGAGGAUCUCUGAUCCACCCUAGGUGGAUCCUGACUGCAGCUCAUUGCUGGAGGUCUCAGCCAGGAUGGAAUACCACAGCAAUAUUAGGAGUUCAUCCACGGAAUGCUACACAGGAGAAACAGAUAAUCCAACACAAUCCUGUGAUGUAUUUUGACCAAUGGCAUCAGCGGCAUGACAUCAUGUUGCUGAAGCUUCAGAGACCAGUAAGAAAUAUUCGUCCUGCUCGGCUACGAAGAUGCAAUAAUCGUCCCAAAAUUGGUGCUACAGUUCAGCUCGCAGGAGAAGGACCAACGUCAACCAACCCCAAUUAUCAGCAAUCAAUCAAUGAGACUGUUCCACCACAUCUUCAGUGUGUCGACAUGAAAAUUAGUGGCUUUACCUUUGUGCCAACACGUGGACAUCUAGUUAUUGCUGAAGCACCUAACAAGGAGGCGUACUAUGGUGACUCUGGUGGAGCAGUGGUGUUGAACAACAAGAUUUAUGGUGUGAUUUCUGGCCAUGGAGUAAGCCAUGCAGUUUACAGCAUGGUUGUGUGUGAAUACAUAGACUGGAUACGCAACACAACUGGGCUUAACAAACCUAAACUAUCAUGAAAUAAAAAUUUCAUCAAAUUUCCUCUCAGAUGUAAUUUUAUCGUUAUAUCUCCAUCAGUUUGUUCUAGAGGUUUGCAGAAUUAUCAUAAAUUAAUAGUUUUGUUUUUCUCACCUGACCUUGACCUCCCUAAUGUAGCUUUCUCUGCCUCUGAAAUGUAGAAGUAAAUCAAUAAAUUAAUGAGAAAAAUUA